AUGCUGAACUCCACGAUAGCCUCUCCGGUGACCUACACGGAUUACUUCAACGAUAUCUCUCAAUACAAUGUACACCUCAAUAUCUUUGAAAAGGCCUGGUCCGCCUGGUAUGCCUACAUGCAGAACGACGUCCUCGCCACCGGCAUCAUGUCCUUCAUCCUCCAUGAAACCGUGUACUUCGGCCGCGCCCUCCCUUUCAUGGUCAUGGACAAGAUUCCUUAUUUCCAUCAGUUCAAGAUUCAAGGUCAAAAAAUGCCCACCUUUGCUGAGCAAUGGGCAUGCGCCAAGUUGGUCCUCCUCUCGCACUUUACCGUCGAAUUACCUCAGAUCUGGCUUUUCCACCCCAUGGCUCAAUACUUUGGCCUUACUACCACGGUUCCCUUCCCUUCUUGGAUCACCAUGUCGUGGCAAAUCGCCUUGUUCUUCGUCCUGGAAGAUGCUUGGCAUUAUUGGUUUCACCGCGCCCUGCAUCAACCGCGCCUGUAUAAGUUGAUCCACAAGCUCCAUCACCAGUACAGCGCGCCAUUCGGUCUGGCAGCAGAAUAUGCAUCUCCUCUUGAAACCAUGAUCCUCGCUUUCGGAGCGGUCGGAAUCCCCAUCGCCUUCUGCGCCGUCACCAAGGACCUGCAUAUCAUUACCAUGUACAUUUGGAUCAUCCUCCGCCUGUUCCAAGCCAUCGACGCACACUCCGGCUACGAGUUCCCCUGGAGCUUGCAUCAUUUCUUGCCCUUCUGGGCCGGUGCCGAUCAUCACGACGUGCACCAUGAGAAGUUCCUUGGAAACUACGCCAGCUCGUUCAGAUGGUGGGAUGCCAUAAUGGACACUGAAGCCGGAAGUGCUUCAGCCGCAAAGAAGCGCUCUCAACAGGAGGCCACCAAGAAGCUGCAGUAA